AUGCCAUCACGACGUACUCAUCUCAAGCGACGCCAUGGCUGCUUGGUGUGCAAGGCACGUAAAGUCAAGUGUGAUCUUCAGCGGCCAGCGUGCAGCCAUUGCUCGAAGCGGGGGGAAUACUGUGUCUAUAAUACUGAUGAGUACCGUUCUAUUCAAUUCAUCGUGUAUAUGGACAACAGCAAGAGUAGAGGGUAUGACUAUGGCGCUCCUUAUCGUAGCAAUAAUGUCUUGCUGACACCAUCGCCAUCGCCGCCAUCGUCUCAUACCCACACUCACAUCCCUUGUUAUUCCCCACUACCUCGACAUGUCUUCAACACGGAACUAUCACUGCUAGAGCACUAUACGUCCCGAGUCAGCUUUACUCUAACCGACCGAGAAGACGUCCAGAACCUAUAUGCAUCACUCGUCGUCGACAUGAGCUUUGAAAAGACAUUUCUCGCGCACAGCAUCCUUGCCACCGCUGCAGUUCACAAGAUGCACACCGAAAGCAUGACAGAGGACCAGCUGAGCCACUGCCAGUACCUGAGCCUCCACCACCAAAACGCCGCCAUGGCUUUGAUUCGGCUACAGGUCGCCGACCUGACGGCUGAGAACUGCGAAGCUCUCUAUAUCUCAGCGGGCUUGAUCUUCAUUCUCAACUUGACUUGUGCGCCGCUUGCAAACCCGUCAAUGAUGAUUGACAGGUUUGUCGAGCUCUGCGAGCUAGCGCGCGGCGCCGGAGCGGUUAUCGAGCAGAGCUCGCCGACACUCAAGACCGGUCGACUAAAGGCAUUUUUCAAUUUUGUCAAGUGGGAUCAUCCCAUGUCGGGUUCUGGCGACCAGCCCGCGAGGACGCCGUUGAGUGCAAAGCUGGAGAAAACGGUGGAGUCGCUGCCAAGUGAAAUGGAUCAUUUGAAGGAUAUCUAUCGUGCAGCUCUUCGCUGCCUCAACAUCACCAUAACGGCUGUGAUUGCUAACCGUGCGCAUCCGGCGAUUAUAUUUAUGUGGUUUGUGAUUUUGGACCGCCAGUAUAUCACGCUAGUUGCUGCGAGGGACUGGGUUGCUUUACAGAUUCUCGAGUGUUAUGGCGAGUACGCGCGUUGUUUACCGGAAAGAUGGUGGUCUAGGCAGUGGGGGAGAGAUCUUGUUUUGGGUGUUCGAUGUGUUUUGGAAAAUCAGAAUGAGACUAAUAUUUCUAGCUUUCAGUCUCAGGAGUUGGAGACCUGUGUUACCGGGUGA